UACAGGAACAUGGCGCUCUGGAGGGGAGGUGUUUCAUGAUAGUCAGGGCUAUUGAUUAAUUUCCUUUAGCUGUGUUCUUUUAAAUAACACUAAGGUACAUACACCGAAUAUGAUAGGCCGUGAAAGGUGAUCGCUCCUUUUGUCUCCAUGGACAACGGGACACUACAUUUCGUAGCGCUGUUUGCUGUCGUCAGCUGAAACUGUUAGCAUUUACAUGCUAGCUGAAGCUAGUUAGCCGGCUAACAGUGAGUAGCUAACGUUAAACAGACCGAAAAAAUGCUUGUUUAUGUAGCCUACGCUGACGUUAAUGUGAUUAUCAAUGAUUGAAACACGCUAUUUAGUAUCAAAUCAACCAUUUAUUGUUUAGGACGACGAUUCCGAGUAGCUAACAUUUUGUUAGCUAAGCUAGGAGGAUGGAGAGCCGCCAUGGAUAUGUUUUGUUGCUGGCCAGUGGGAUUUUCCUGUCGGCGUUUUGGCUGUCUGAAGGUGCCCCUCUUCAGUAUCCUCACACAUCAGGUGGAAGCACAGGGGACACGUCUGUGUCUCUCUACCUGUCCCUGGCGGUGUCACUGACGGCGCUUGUGGCCUUGGUGGUGUUGCUAGUGAACUGUGUGACCUGCUGCAAGGAAAGGGAGAUCAACUUCAAGGAGUUCGAGGACCACUUUGAUGAUGAGAUCGACUUCACACCACCAGCAGAGGACACACCUUCUAUGCAGUCGCCAGCCGAGGUUUACACCCUCGCUGUGUCCCCUGUGGCCCUGCCUGGACCCCCCCACCUCCAACCUCCUGUCCGCAUCACAGAGGGAUCUGCAGGCUUUCAGGUAGCACGUCACAGUCUGAGUUAUAUCCAGGAGAUCGGCAACGGCUGGUUUGGACAGGUCCUUCUGAGUGAAAUCUACACAGACCCAGGGGGUGCCAGAGUGGUGGUGAAGGAGUUAAAAGCUAAUGCAAGUGCCAAGGAGCAAAAUGAUUUCCUGCAGCAGGGGGAUCCAUACAGAGUGCUGCAGCACCCAAACAUCCUCCAAUGCCUGGGGCAGUGUGUCGAGGCCAUCCCCUUCUUGCUUGUUUUUGAGUACUGUGAAAUGGGGGAUUUGCGUGGCUAUCUGUCUCAGCAGGAUUGGAUGUUCCGAAAUGCUGAGUUGCUGCAGCUGCAGAGGAUGGCCUGUGAAAUUGCUGCUGGUGUCACUCACCUUCACAAACACAACUUCCUGCACAGUGAUUUAGCUCUGAGGAACUGCUACCUGACUGCAGAUCUUACAGUCAAAGUGGGAGACUAUGGCAUUGGACCCUACAGAUACAAAGAGGAUUACAUCAUCACAGAGGAUGAUGUGUAUGCACCUCUUCGCUGGUUGGCUCCUGAGCUGGUGGGCGAGCGCCAUGGGGGUGUGAUUACUCUGGAGCAGUCCAAGCCCAGCAAUGUGUGGGCCUUGGGGGUCACAUUGUGGGAGCUCUUUGAGAACGCCACUCAGCCGUACCCCCAUCUCUCCGAUCGGGAGGUUCUCAAUCAUGUGAUCAAGGAACAACAAGUCAAACUCUUUAAGCCACAGCUGGAGCUUCCUUAUUCUGACAGAUGGCACGAGGUCCUGCAGUUCUGCUGGCUGUCUCCAGACAAGCGGGCCACAGCAGAGGAAGUUCACCGUCUGCUCAUCUAUCUCCGCAUGCAAGGCCAGAAGGACAUAGAAGAAGACUUUGAGCAACGUUGGGAUGCUCUCAAGCCCAACCCUUCCACGCGGCAGACCACUGUCAGCCACUCCUCUUUCCCAAUCCUGGAACAGUUCGCCGAUGAUGCCCUGCGACAAGAGAUCGACGAAGUUCUCACUGUCACUGAAACAAGCAAAGGUCUCAGCUUUGAGUAUGUUUGGGAGGCAGCCAAGCAUGACCACUACGAUGGCAGCCACGGGCGUUCAGGCAUGGACACAACAUUAAACUAUCACAGCAUGUUCUUUCCCGUUUCCAGCGAAGACAUCCAAGCUCAUUUCCCCGAUCCUGUAGCCAGAGCAGCGGGCACAGAAAGUGGAAACACUCCUUCAGGAAUUCCUGGGAUUGUACCAGUGUUUGAUGCACAAAAGCCAUCUAAUGGAAAUGAAUAUUACAUACAACUAGAAGAACCAGGGGAGAGCACUGUAGGGGAAGAUGGGAACAGAGACCAAGACAUGGACUUCAGUUCAGGCCGGCAAGACUUUGUUGUUCUCCAAGAUGUCCGUCUGGAUGAGUCUAGCACCGAUGCUGAUUUUUUCCACCAAAGUAUUGACUCCAAGGAUUCCUAUUUACCAGACAGCCACAUCUGGUCGUCUCUUGAAAAUGACAGUCCAUACCACACCAACAUUUUCACAGAUGGGGGGUCCAAGCAAGAGGACUCUCCAUCCUGGAGACAGAGUUUUAUGGAGCUUCCAGAACGCAAUGGCAACCCUUUCCAUGAACGUGCACCUUUAGAAGUCCAGGAGGUGGAUACAGAUAAAAACAAUGGGGACUCUUUUUUAGGGGAUAGUUCAGAAGCUCCUCACGUGAUGGAUUCUUUGGAAGUGGAGGGGGAGAAAACAGAUGUGAAGAGGCUUCUGAACACUGAAAAACUAGCUGAUAACUUUAUGUUUCUCAAAGACCAGAACCUAAUGAAAGGCGGAUCAAGUCUCUCAAGUCCACAGGAGAAUUUUCUUUUACCUGGCCUUGCCCACGAACCAGAAGAAAGAUUCAAAAUGAGCUCUUGGGACAACCUUGAGAAUUUAGGCAGCUUAUUAACAGCAGACACUUAUUUAAAACCUGCAGCAAGUAGCACAUCCUCUAGACAGGAACUUUUAGACUCCCCAAGUACCAGCUUGGGAGAGUUAUGUCCGUCUCUGAUAAAAAAUGAAACACUGGUGCCUUUCAUUACAGUGGACACAGACGAUAACACAAGCAACCAGCUGCCAGUUAGAAGUAGUUCUUCCACCGAAGACCUUGGUCUGCUGCAAUCCUCCGACGGAGGUAAAGACUCUGGUUUUGAUUCUACCUCAGAGAGGUUUGAGGUUAUCAUCAGUCAGACUGAUGACCACACCCCUGCAUUCUCUGAAAGUGCCACUACAGACUCAUUGUGCACAGAUGCCAAAAUUCCCAGCCUUGAAGAUGACCAAGGAACCUCAAAGGAUAAUGUUCAGCCCGUAGGAAGUGAAAUGCCUGAAAACCUCCAAGUCCAAGCAUCAGACAACGGACACAGUGAAGACCUCACAAGUAACGAUCUGUUGAGUGAGCUUAUUGAGGAUGCGGACAUAGAACUGGAAACCACUCUGUCUGACCACGAAGAAUCCUUUAUGGACACUAAUGGGGGCCCUAUUGUCAGAUCUUCUCUGUUGGUCUCUGGGCCAUCUUUGGACCAGAUCAGCCAGGACAGUUUACUGGAAGACAGUAUGUCCACCACUCUACCAACUGUAGAUAACUCAGCCGAGACGCCAGACUCUUUAGACUCUCUCGAUAUCCACAGGCUAGGCGAACAAGGAGAAGAGCUGAGUGCUCAAAUACCCCAACACAAACUGCAGCCUCCGUACAAAAUAUCAGACAGCGGGUAUGAGACGGAGAACCUGGAGUCUCCCGAGUGGAACUCUCAGCCUAAUGUUAAAGACCACUCUCCGGCAAAAAAUGGCACGAGUGCUGCCAAAGAAGAGGAGGAGACAGAGGAGCUCACAGCUGCGACGAAUCUGGUCCCACCAGAAAUCAUCAUCUCCGAAGUAGAGGGUGUGCUGGAUGCUCAGAGUGAGAGCCCGCAGCCAGAUCAUGAAGCUCCUCCUGAGGAGCCUCUCAUGGGCAGUAAUUACAGAGACUCUGCCUACUUCUCAGACAAUGAAUCAGAACCUGAGAAAAAAUCUGAAGAAACGGUUGCAGGAGGUUCUGGUGAAGUCACGUGGCUGAGGAACUCUGCAGAUGCGGUCAGCGGGGCUGCAGGAGGGUCAGCACCGGAGGUCAGCGUGGUCAGAGAUGUAGAUUCUUUACUUUCCCUGCAAGAAUCUUCUCCAGCUGCUGAAGCACAGACUGAUGCAGAAACACAUCCUGAUGUUGGGAGUGUGUUACCGGAGGCAGAUGUAGACAUCUCAGAAAAAAGCGAGAAGGAGGUGACAGAGGCUACAAACAGUCAAAAUGAAGAUGGAAACAAACCAGAUUUGUUAAAAGACAUCACAUCUCCUGAUCAACCAGAUCCAUCAGAAGGUAUAGAAACCCCAACUCCAGCUCCUCCUGUUGCCCCAUCAGAGCCAGAGCCAGAGAACACAGGUCACGCUAAACUAACCAGGACCUACGCGAGUGAUGGUCAUAAGAUAAAAGAGCCGGACAUGGAGGGGCGUUACCUGGGGAGGCGGGAUGGCUCGGGUCAGGAGGAUGGCGUAGAUGCAGACGAGGAGGACGAGAACAGCGACGACUCCGAUGAUGACAUGCGUGGAUACCAGCUACACAGUUCCAGCUCAGACAGCGAGGACGAUACCGUGCAUACGGUGCCGCUCAUUAUCUCAGAUGAUAGCAGUGCGAAGAACCUGAAGAGCUUGUUGAAACCCACCACGCUGAACAUCCAGGCAUCAUCUUCACCGUUUCCUGCGAGGGGCAGUGAAGAUCACUCCAGAAGAUCUGUGUCUUUCUUUGAUGAUGUCACCGUCUACCUGUUUGACCAGGAGACCCCCACCAAGGAACUGGGUGACCACUCCUCAGGCUCACACAAUCAGGCACCAGAGUUCAGCAGCCCAGUGCCCACUGCCAGCUACCUGAACCGGUUCACCAACUCUGAAAGCUCCACCGAUGAAGAAGGUGGUGGUUUUGAGUGGGAUGAUGACUUCUCCCCGGCACCUGCCUUCCUGCCCAAGACGGAUAAAGACCCCGUCUCGAAAACGAUGUCCUCAUCUGCAGCAUCCCGCUUUUCCUCUCCGCCCCCUGCAGCAGGGCGCGUGCUGGAGCCCAGCUGGACCGCCUCCUCGAACUACUCCCGCUUCUCCAUCUCGCCGGCCAGCAUCGCCAGCUUCUCCCUGACACAUCUCACCGACUCUGACAUCGAGCAAGGAGGCAACAGUGAAGACGGAGAGAAGGACUAGUGUGAUACAUUUCCAUGACACUAUUGAAAAAACAAACCUAUACUCGCACUUUUUGGAACCGGAGAACGGCUGAAUAAGGACAAAUGACACGGUUUGUGGGUCAAACCGUGGAUGCUUCUCUCAGGCAGAACUGCUCUUUACCUACACGGAGAUGGCCAUGAGAACAAGGACUUUUCAGCAAAUAAAGACAGACGAGGCCCAGCUCCCGUCUGAGCCGCAUCACCUCUCCAGCUACAUCAGUGUGUGUGAUUUCAGUUCAGUGCAAUUCCACUCGGGAGGAUGGGGGAAAAAAAAAAAAAAAAAAAAGUUUCUAAAUGUUUGCUUUAAAGACUCAUCAAGCGCAUUCCAGGUGUUUGGCUGCUUCUUUUUGUGUGUCAAAGUGCACUCGUUUUCCAGGACUUUUGCAUCACCAAAAAAAGAAAAGAAAAGACAAAAAAAGACUUUUUAUGCUCUGAAUUCAACACUCUGGGCUGACGGACUUACCACUACAGCCAAAUAGGAAGGAAUAAGCUCUCUGAUUUCAGCAGACCUAAAACUGAAGAUCCAAGCUUUUUCUCUGACUUUGUUAAUUUUGCUCCUUCAUGUUGUGCGAUUAUUUCAGUGGUUGCCUCUUUUGGAAGAGUGAUUUGUUUUCUCGUAACUCCUCGUUGGGUGUUAGUCACAGUCUCCUAAUGGGAGAGAAACCAUGCGUUGUAUCCUUCUUUAGCAGCGUUCAAAUAAGAAGGGUUGACCUUAAAUAAGAAUCCCUCAUCUACAGAGGGGACACACUGUGUGUUCCUUUAUUUAUGUGUGAAAGGAAUAUUCACAGUAAGUAGUUUCAUAUUUUUGAGACGUCUCAGUAAGAGAGGAGGAGUGCGUUAGACAAGGAUUGUCAUGCUAAUCCUUACGGAGGUGAUUCAAGUGAGAGGCAGUCGUGAGAAGCUUAAAGACAAGUUAUUCAUUUUGUAACGCUUCAUUUUAUGCUCUGACACGUGCAGGAAGUUGGUUUUGACUACUUGUCACUGGAUCUUAUCACAGUGCCUGUGAUGCUGUAAAGACAGCUGCACUCCUCCAUUUCCUAUCACUACAGAAAUUUUCAAAUCGCACGUUUAGUGGGAUUGUGUAAAGAAAAAAAAGCAGGAGAUUUUAUUUUUAAAUGUCAGAAUGAAGAAAUGUUAAUGAGCUGUUUGUACCGUUGAUGAGCUGUUUGUAAACAAAUGUGCAAUGAGUUUCAUGAUUUAGUCGGAAUAUGAGUUCCUAGGAUGAACCCGGGUGAACGUGACGGCGUUUCUUCAGCAACGUGCAGGGACUUAAAGCUUCACAUAAACACUACUAGAACAAAAACACUGCUGCUUUUAUCAGUGUCAUGAACAGAGUUGUCUGCCUUUUGUUUGUUUUUUUUAAACUUUGUGUCAAACUUAAUGAACCUGUUCAGAUGGCAUUUUCUUCCUCCUUAAGGACCCCUCGUCCAGUUGCGUUUUCAGACAUCUCAUUGUAUCUUAUCAUUUGCAGGCCUCUGUGGCUGUACAGGGUCGGCUGGGGACAUGUGUGUAUCAUGAUCGGUUUCUGUAUAGAAGCGUAAUGCAAACUGUUAUGGAUCAAGAUAUGCUUUCCCUCCAGGAUUUCAUGUACAGCUAUGAAAACACAGUUCUCCUAACUGCGGAUUUUACAGUUGCUGUAUGGUUCUCUCCUUUUAAAGAUUUCGUCACAGAUGUACAGCCGUACUUCACCUGUAGUAGAUAACGUCCAUCUCUCCCACCCCAAAUACAGAAGGCACUGUAUCUUAGAUAACCUCUGUUAAAAAACCAGCAGCCUGUGCUUCAGUUAAACUUGAACAUUUAUUUAAGGAAAUCUUGUUUUAUUUGACUACAGUAUACAUUUGCUUAAUCUUGCACAUUUGAGAAAUGUAACUUAAUGUUGAACUGUACCGAUGUAUGUAAAUGUAAAUUUUUCUUUUUCUUUGUCUGUAAAUGGGAAAUGACGUAACUGAGUUAUAGGUAUGAGGUUUCAUUUUGUAACUUAAAGCUGAGUUGAUCAGAGGGACAUAUCACAGUCAUCGACUAAAAGCGGUUAAAUUAAGACAUGAACAGCAGAUGUGAAUUCAGUCUGUCCUUUAAACUUGUAGAUUUUAAAAAAAUAUUUUUACUUCAUAUUUAUCAUGCUUAGUGUAAUUGAAUGAAAUGUUUAUAAUUACACUGUUUAAUAUGAAAAUAAAUGCAAAUGAACUUCUAAUAGGUUUUGUAAUG